AUGUCGUCCAUGGAUCUAUCAAGUCGUCCACAGUACGAGGAUGUAUCACAGGAAUCGUAUACAAUGUAUACUCGCUAUCACGCACCAAAAGUUGUCCGUCCUCCACGCUCUUCUGGCUCUUCCACGGGUCGUACAAAAACGGAACAAGUGGUAUUGGAAUUCUUACAUAAAGUUGCUGAACUGAUUAUCCAGAGUCGAGUGAACCUUCAGACAACAUCAUCUGACUUGCAACGUGGGACUCGUCGGGCUCGAUUUAAUCUUGAUAUUGAAGAGAUUCCGACUAUUCGUGAUGCCAUGAUGAGAUGGAAAGAAGACGUGCGAUUGCCAUUGACGAUUGAUAUUUUCUGGGACGGAAGAGAAGCACGACAAGCACGAGAGGCUAGUGAACAGUCUAAAGUACUGCUUGAGCGCUGGAGUGUCACGUUUGCAACGGAUGGAAAGGUUGCUUCGAAUACUCAGUUUAGCUCUACACAGGACGUGAUCCAGCAACUUAAGGAGGUUUGCAAAAGGAUCAGUGUACUAUUACGUGCGUUAUUUUCAUUUAUGCGACAACUACCAGCCCAUCGAUUGUUUACGCAAUCAUACCCUUCCAUGUUGAGCUAUAGUAUGCAUCCAGCACCAGCGAGUGAUACGACACGAGCAUUUGAAGAUCAACACGUUGCAACAAGUGGAUACGCUUUUAUUCCGAUUGUAACGCCAUUUGGUUUGUUAAAAGUAGCAGCAGUUUAUCGGCGUGAUUGCGAUCAAUUUAUGGAGCGACAGGAGCAAGCUGCACCUUCGCGUAUUUUCCAAGAUAAUUUCAUUAUUCAGGACUAUGUGCCGAUCUCACCGAAGCUGAUUCCUGCUAGUGCACCUGCAUCGUCUCAGACUUGCUCGACAAUGACACAGUCAUCGAUGAGAGGGAUGGAUUUGCAUACAGAUUCAUUUGUGCCAGUAAGUGAUGCAGACCAGUUUGGUGGAGCGGAUGCUAGAGAUUUACAUGUACAGCGACGUCGAUCGUCACCUCGAUUGAUUCCAACGUCCAUUACUACGCCACAGCAGCAGUUUAAGAGUACAAGUCUUGUGGAUGAAAUUGAAGCUGACAACGAAGUAGCGUUGCGGCCUCAGCCAGGCAUGUCGAAACCCAUGGCCAUCCCACGGGUUAGUAGCAAAGGAGGUGUUGCGAUUGCUGGUACUAGAGAUGCUGGAAUUGCUAUUGGCUACAAUGAAGAAAAGAAUGAUGAAAAGCUGAUUCAGCAUGCACACUCAUACGGAGGUGAACAUGAUGUUCGGCUGCGGGGUGCAGCUGCUAAUCCAAAUGUGACGGCGGCACCGUAUGGCUACGGGAAUGUUGCAAUUGAGCAGGAACAACAACAAACUUUUUCGCCGUCGCUCGCAUUUCAGCAACACCAGAAACAACUUUGGGAGGGUACAAACCGUCAGGAGGCCGAAAGCGGGCUACGUGUAUCUCAGACGUCUUUCCACGGCGAGCCACCGACUAGUAACAGCAAUACGUCACACCGCCCCUUGUCGACCCCGCCUCGCCACCCUAAGACUGUUUCCUUGCAGCAGCACGAUCCGAGGCGAAGAAAGAUCUCGUUUAACGGCGCUUUCGUUUCUGAAGCGGCUCACUCGCAAUGUCUAGCCACUUCUGCGGGACUUGCUGUGAAAGCAGAAGCCAUCGCGAUCUCUUCUGAAGAUGCACGGACAAAUGAUAUUGCAAUGUUCUCUGCGAGCCCGCCGUUCCAAGCAAAUCCGUGCGAGCUUCUCUCUACGUCACCUGGUUAUUCAUACAGCAUGAACCGCAUUCAGUCAGGUUCCAGCAACACACCAACAUUUGUUACGACGGAUCAGUUCCAGCUGGGUCUUCAUAUGAAAGGAUCAACUGCUGCAAGCCUGAUCUCCGCCAAAAAGCAUGGGUUUUUGCCUGAUUUCAGUGAUAGUGGUGUGACAGCAUGGGGAGUCUCACCUGAUGCCCCUGACUCAUUUGGUCUCGCGCUUGUUGGUGCCAAUACUAAUGCAUCUGGAGGCCGACCGCAGCUGUCGCUUUCAAAAAGUGUAGAGACGGGAGGUGGCAGUACUGCCCAAGGUGAUGAAUACUUUAGUGAUGGGUCGGACCUGCUGCUGCCUUUUGCAAUUGGAGAUGGCUCGGCAACGGUUAAUACUGCGUUAGAUUCACAGUCAACAAGCACACUGAAUUGUUCGUCAAGGUUGGAGACUGCAGCAGUGGGAGAGUUCCUUCACCAGCUCAAGAACGCGCCGCGGUUGAGCACGUCUGCUGUAUCUGUGCCGGUGACAGAUGAAAACUCGGACAAGUCGUCGGCCGAAGGCAGCCAGGGAAUUUCGUUCCAGACAUUAGUGUUUGACGAUGAACUUGCUAGUUUUCGCAGUCUUCGCGACGAGCUUGCUCAAGUGAUCUGA